AAACCAUUUGAUUGGCCAGACGUGAUCACGUGAUAUCGUGUUUUGCGUUUCCUCCCGUGUUGUUUGUAACUUUGUAUUUGCACGCUGAUCUGAUUGAAUGUAGCGAUAUAAUCUGAGAGAGUGCUCCGAUGAUGGUGAAGUGUGUGGUCCAAGGAUGCAUAAACCACAGGGAUCUCAGACCUGGCGAGCGAUCGAGCCGUCCGCACAAGAGGUUUUUCAGGUUCCCCAAAGACAAGGCCCGAAUGAAAGUAUGGCUGGCCGCUUUACGAGAGACUGAGCGCGAGAUCACAGAUCAGCAUCAGAUAUGCGAGGAUCAUUUCCUGAGCCAUCACAUCACGCCGAGCGGCAUCAGCCCAGAGGCCAUCCCUAUUAUGCCUCCAUCAGAGGGACUGGUCUCAGGCUGGAGCUCGUGUGAGGAGCAGGACGAACUUUCGGACCCAGUCGAGGAGGGUGGAGUUGAUGCAGAAGAUGAUCUUUAUGAUGUAGAGUUUGAAGAUUAUGAGGAAGAAGAUGAAGACCACAGUCUUGCAGAUAAUGGUCCAUAUAGACCGUUUUACAGUGAAAGUUUAAUGAACAAUCCCAACAAUAACAAUGUGAAUCAAGCAAUGGGGGCAUCCUCCAAAUUAGCCCAGUAUCGCUCUGACGUUGCUCUUGGACAACUGACCAAACGCUUCAUGCAGCUGCUUCACUCAGCACCGAAUGGAGUCCUUGACCUCAAUGAGGUCACUCGAAAACUGGGCACACGGAAGAGACGGGUGUAUGACAUCACCAACGUCCUAACCGGCAUCCAGAUAAUCAAAAAGACGUCCAAAAACAAGAUCCAGCGGAUGAAUCCAGCAUCAGUGAAUCAGUGGAGUGCCAAGACGAAAGCUGACCUGCUUCAUCUGAAGUCAACAGAGGAGGCCCUUGACUUGCUCAUCAAAGACUGCGCCCAACAGCUUUUUGCCCUGACCGACCUCAAAGACAAUGCUGACUCAGCUUAUGUGACAUAUGAGGACAUCUGUCAGAUCGACGUUUUCAAGGACCAGACUAUAAUAGCCAUCAGGGCCCCUGAAGAGACAAAACUAGAGGUGCCCACUCCCACUGAAGAAUCUAUCCAGAUCCACUUGAAGGGCUGCCGGGGGCCCAUCCAAAUACUCACCUGUGAGACUGAGGGCCCAAGUGAAGCUGUGGAUCCAACUAACACAGAAUCCAAGCUUGUCAAACCAGCCUGCUUUCUAACGCUAGAGGAGAGCCGGAUACACACACAACCACUUCUGUCAGGCAUAGUAAAGACAUCCAGAAAGUUUAAAUAUCAACGGCGGGCAGACAGUAGUGCGGCUGAGCAUUGUUGUGUCCCAAUGUGUUCGGCUUCCUCAAAGUUCAACUCUGUGCUGAGCUUUCACACUUUCCCCACGGAUGAAGAAAUGCGCAAAAAGUGGAUAUGCAGCAUUCAACGCAAGGAUUUAAUCAUCACUUCCCAUAUGAGAGUCUGCAGUCGUCAUUUCAAGAGUGAAGAUGUGAAAGAGCCAUUGACUCCUACAGGACGCCGCAUGCUGAAGAAAGGGGCUGUACCCACCUUAUUCCAGUGGAACAACUACUCUGCUCAAGCACCACUGCAGAGGAGAAAGGGUUCCACUCCAGUGGAUGAAGAUCCUGCACCUGUGGAUUAUGCAGCAGUUGAUAUUGCAUUGGAUAGGGCUGCAGAAUGAUUGACUGAAACCUUUUUUUUUUUCAUAUUUGUUUUUACAGAUGUUUCAAAUACUGUAGCAGCUGUACAGAGCACAUAAGGACCUAAAAGAAGAGGCUUUGCUCUUUAAGAAUGACUACCCCAUCUUAACAGACUUUGUUGGCCUUUUUGGAGAGACCACUGUGCAUAUAUUCACUCAAGAUUUUUGAUUUGUAAAUAUAUGGAUUAUAGAGUAUUUUGAACAGGUUAAAGCAUUUU